AUUUUGUGAGUAAUGCAGCCGCGGUUAAAGCCUUAAGUACAGUUAAUGGAACUCUUAUCCCUGGUACCAAUCGUGUAUUUAAGCUUAAUUGGGCAUCAGGAGGCGGAUUAACUGAUAGAAAGGAUGACCGUGGUCCUGAAUUUUCGAUUUUUGUCGGCGAUUUAGGACCAGAAGUAACUGAAUGGAUGCUUGUGCAGCAACGUGCUCUUCUUGAAAUGCAGGGCUCUUUUUGUGGAAAUCGCCCAAUGCGAAUUUCUACAGCAACACCAAAAAAUAAAAGUGGUUUACCGGGCACUUUUUACCAACAACCUUCUCAACAGGCACCUAUUCUGAAUCAAUAUAAUGAUCCCAAUAAUACCACUGUUUUCGUUGGUGGACUAUCAGGAGUAAACAGUGAAGAAGAGCUCAGAAGUGCUUAUACACCAACUACCCCAGUAAUCAACACACCUGUGACUCCAACUCCACCUCAAAUCUUACAGUCUAUGGCAGAUCCUUUGGAGCCAGUGCCUGUGCAACGUAUGAAUGAAAUUUUCAUCACUAGCAAAGAGGCAUUGCUUGAAAGAAUGGAAACCGAGG